UCCCUUUACUUGAAAAGGCGAAGUUCUGGGGCUAACGGUUUUGGGACGUUAUAGCAACGCAGGCAAAAUAACUCAGAAAAAUUGACACAAAGUGACAUAAAAGUAAUCUAUAGUUACUACAGUGUUCGCCGGGUGAAAAACAGAACCGCACGCGCAAAAACAAGGGAAGUGCGAAGGAUAAAAUAAAGGGACCUCUACUGGCAUCAUGCUGGGAAGGAGCAAGAAGACGACAAGUCCUGUUCAGAAAGAGCCAAAGGUGCCCGAUCCAAAAUCGCAUGAUCCAUUAAGGAGACUGGGCGUGCUGGAUGACUCUGACGUGCUGACCAUGCUGCGGGGCUCCAGCAUGGUGAAGGUGCGCUCCCAGCGCUGGCAGAAGAGCCGCGGCCUCAGACUGCUGGAGGACGGCGUCACCGUGUGGUGCGAGUCCAGCAAGACCUCCCGCAAGGCCAAGGCCCAGCAGACCUUUGCUGUGACGGAGGUGGAGUGUGUGCGUGAGGGCUGUCAGUCUGAGGCCCUGAGGAUGCUCUCUGGCUCGGUGCCGGACGGCCAGUGCUUCACCGUGGUGUUCCGGGGCGGGAGGAAGAGUCUGGACCUCCGCUGCCCGGACGAGGAAGAGGCCAAGAGCUGGGUCCGCGGGAUCCGCACCCUCCAGGACAGGGUGUCCAACAUGACCCAGAAGGAGAAGCUUGACCAUUGGAUCCGGGGCUACCUGCGGAGGGCGGAUCAGAACCAGGACGGGAAGAUGAGCUACGAGGAGGUGAGGCGGCUGCUGCAGAUGAUCAACAUCGACCUGAGCGAGCAGUACGCCCGCUCUCUCUUCAAGAAGUGCGACCGCUCGGGAGACGGUCGUCUGGACCACGUGGAGAUCGAGGAGUUCUGCAGGGAGCUUCUCCGCCGGCCGGAGCUGGACUCCGUGUUCCGCCGUUACUCCGGCAACGGCUGCGUGCUGACCACCGCCGAGCUGCGCGACUUCCUGGGAGACCAGGGAGAGGACGCCUCGCUCGACCACGCCCAGAGCCUCAUCCUCAAAUACGAGCUCAACACCUGGGCUCAGAAGCACCAGCUGAUGACGCAGAACGGGUUCACCAUGUACAUGCUGUCCCAAGAGAACGACGUGUUCAGCCCGUCCCACGCCGAGGUGUACCAGGACAUGAGCCAGCCCCUGGCCCAUUACUUCAUCUCCUCCUCACACAACACCUACCUCACCAAGGACCAGGUGACCAGCGCCAGCAGCACAGAGCCCUAUAUCAGGGCUCUGAAUCAAGGCUGUCGGUGUGUGGAGCUGGAUUGCUGGGACGGGGACAGGGGUGAGCCGGUUAUCUACCACGGACACACCCUGACCUCCAAGGUGACCUUCAGGGAGGUGAUUGAGACCAUCGCCCAGUACGCCUUCAAGGCCUCUCCUUACCCUGUGAUCCUGUCUCUGGAGAACCACUGCUCCGUGGAGCAGCAGGCUGUGAUGGCCCGAGACCUGCGCUCCAUCCUGGGGAACAGUCUCCUAACCAAGCCCCUGAGCAGCCAGCCCCUGGAGAACCUGCCCUCCCCAGAGGAACUGAAGGGGCGGAUCCUGGUGAAGGGGAAGAAGGAGGUUGCCAGGCUGGGGAAGAUGGACAGCUGCUCGUUUUCCUCCUCCAGCUCCGAGGACGAAUCAGGGGGAGGGGGCGGGAGCAAGGCCAAGGGGAAGAAAGAUACUGGAAAGCCGGCCCCGUCGUCGAAGCUGAGCCCAGAGCUGUCGGCCCUGGUGGUGUACUGCAGCAGCGUGUCCUUCCAGGGCUUCAAGCACGCCUCUAAGAGGCCCCCCAGCGACAUGUCCUCCUUCUCCGAGAGCCACGCCCUGCGACACAUCAAGGACCAAGGAAACCUGUUUGUCCAGCAUAACAGCAAAUACCUGAGCCGAAUCUACCCCUCCGGCCAGCGCCUGCAGUCCUCCAACUACGACCCCCAGGAGAUGUGGAACUGUGGAUGCCAGAUGGUGGCCCUGAACUUCCAGACCCCGGGGGAGCAGAUGGACCUGAACGAGGGUCUCUUCCUCCAGAACGGUCGCUGCGGUUACGUCCUGAAGCCCAGCUUCCUGCGGGAGCCCGACUCCAACUUCAACCCCGAGAACACGGGCGGUGGCCCGGGACACGUCCCCACCACGCUGUCCAUCCGGGUGCUCUCUGCGCAGCAGCUGCCCAAGCUCAACACGGACAAGCCCAACUCCAUCGUGGACCCGCAGGUGUGGGUGGAGGUCCACGGGGUAGCAAUCGACACCUCCCGAGAAAAAACGCAUCGCGUCAACAACAACGGCUUUAACCCCAUGUGGGACUGCACCCUGACCUUCCAGCUGCAGAUACCUGAGCUGGCGCUGGUGCGCUUUGUGGUGGAGGACCACGACCACAAGGCCAAGAAUGACUUUGUGGGACAGUUUACACUGCCCUUCACCAGCUUCCGUACAGGGUACCGCCACGUGCAUCUGCUGAAGGCGGACGGCUCCAGCCUGUCUCCCGCCACGCUCUUCAUCCACGUCACCGUGUCGCGCCGGGGCGUCCCCAUCAGGAGCGUGUCCAAACGCAUGGUGUGACCCCUCCCCCCGCCACUCACAGCCCCGGACCCGCCCCCGCCGAGGAGAGAGCCUGCCCAGCACAGAGGGAUUCAAUGUGUGGGAGGGGGGGUGGAGUCAGACAGCUUUCGGGGAGGGGCGGUCUGUUUCUUCCGCUUUUCCUCUCAGCUCCCGUCAAAAUAAAAGUCUGGGCGACUGCGCUUCACCCUACCGGAGACAGGAAGUGCUCGCUACGCCGGGUCACCGUGGAGACCGGAGCUGAUUGGCGCAGGGCUGGGUUCAGAGAUGAUCAGGGUGCUGAGGUUUGCCGUGUUCUAAAAGCCAGCGCCUCGGUGUGCAUGUCCUUAUCCCUGAAGACAGGACGGUCUACGCCUAAUUGAAGUUUUAUCACCUUUUUAAUGUCUUUUUAACCGAGGUUCGACAUUUCCAAAAGUGGUAGGAACAGGGGAAAAGCCAGAGACGGUAUUAUAAGGGAUAUUGAGCCCAGAGGAUAUGUACAUAAAUGAUGUAGAUGUAUCAUUUACGGGAGGUAAUUACUUCCUGGAGGGAACAUCUGUGUUGUUCCACGUAGACUUAAUGAGAGUAGUAAUUAAAUAUUGAAGGAUAAGGCUGGAUAAAUUAAUUGCGCCUUUUAAAGGAAAGCAGUGAAGAUUAGAGGGCUGCUGCUCAUCUGUGUGUAUAAACUCUGUCACCGAUGUUACGCAGGUAAUUUCCUCUUCAAGCUAACCGUAAUGAUAUACUAAAGCACCCUUCUGUCUUACAUACAGGAAGUGAUCUGUGACAUUUGCCACAGUUGUGCAUUAACCUAUUGUCUCAUUCUGUUGUUGCAUGGAUUUCCCAACAUAAAGCCAAGGUUCUGGGAUUGGCUCUAUCCGUGUAGAAACACAUGAAGUGUCUGCUUCCUACAGAGCGAUCAUGUCAAUUUCACCAAGGCUGAAAAUUUUACUGACUAGCCUUAUCAAGAGUUGAGGAAUAGAUAAUAAACAUAAAUAGGGUAACACUCAUGUCCAGAGGGGGAGUCUCAAGCCAUUUUUAAAUUUUUUAAGCAUUCAUGUGGCUUAUUUGCAAUGCCAGUUUGGUAUUUUAUGUCAUGGUCUAUGAGUUCAACCCUCUUGAUUAUUCUUAAUUUGUAUAAAUGAACAGGUCAGUGGCAGUGAUGUCAUGACCCUAACAAAUGUGCUUACACUUUUAUUAGUAUGAAAUAUGUCUUAUAUAAUACUUGCACUAUUGUAUUACUUUUACUAUUACUGUUAACUGUGAAAUGUCAAAUGAUCAAUAACUGAACAUUUUACACCUUGAGACCAGUCACAAUAAUAUUAUUUCAGAUGAGAGCAAAUGGCUUGAAGCACACAUAACUGGAAAAAAAGCUUCCAUUUAAUUCAGAAUACCCUCCAUUUUGCUCAUUUCAGAAACGAGUGUUAACUUUUUCGUAACUUUUAAUUUUAGUUCUGUUCUGACACUGGCAGACACUGGCUUGCCAGCAUACAAAUUUUUCAGAUAAAGAAAAUUGAAGAAUUCAACAGAUGCAAAUGGAAAUGCAAAUGGAUGUCUGUGGAGGUUUCCAUGCUGGGAAAAGUAAAGUAUUUUACUGGCAAUAGGUGAUGUAAAUGCAUGCCGUUAUGCUCAUCUUUGAUUGGUGCGUGUAGUUACUUACUGUACUUACUUAUUCUCAGUAAGAGGCUAUAUUUGAAACCGCAUACUACUCGUACUACAUUUCAGGCUGAUUUUCAUUUAAAUUUAGUAUGAGUAGUGUGCUAAGUAUGUGAUUUUGGAUGCAGCCAGAGUUUUAGAAGGUGAAGUUGAGCUGAAGGUUGCCUCAGUCAGGCUGUACACAGUGGGUUUUAUUUCCUCACUACAUAAUCAUGCAUGUGGUUCAUUGGAACAGGAAGAGUUUGUAUCCUCAUCUGGAGAGAUGAAUGCUGGGACAACUGUGGAAAGUGUUAUAUGCAACACAGGCCUCAACACAAUGCAAUAUUCUGUUCUGAUCACUUUGAGUGACUUUGAGGAAAACUGUGAGCAGAUGAUGCUUUAGGAAUCUGCGAUGCUGAAGUUCAUGCAAUGGUGUCGAAUUAUAUCUAAUGUCAUAACAAUGGCUGUGUCCUUUUCAAAGAUAUUUGCUAGGAAUAGCAUGUUAACAUUUUUUUAAAUAACAUUUAAAUCCAAA